AUGCUGACCCAAGAAUUCGUUUCGACCAUCUGCGGUCCUCCUCUCGCUGCCAACACAGCCAUUUCCAAGGACGUCGGCAUCUACUCUCACUCCCUCACACCAUCCCACACCAUCAAGGCAUCUUUCAAGAAGAGUUCCACCCCUGUCAACGGUCUAGCCGUCAGUGAGUCUCAUAUUUUCGCGGCACAAGACCAAAAGGCACAUGUCCACGUCUACUCGCGUAUACGCGGCAACCAGGAGGCUCUCGUGCCGUUCCCUGAGAGGAUCCGCAGCUUGGCCCUUGCUGGCCAAGUGUUAGUCGUGGGCUCUACCGAGGGCAGACUAUUUCUCUGGGAGGUUAGUUCAGUCUCACUCACGCCGUUGCCGGCUAGUGUCAACACCACCUUGCCAUGUCCCGUGACGCCAUAUCACAUCCUGUCCGGUUCUGAUGACUCAAACAUCAACGUUUGGUCGAUAUCACGACUUCUGGAGCUCGAUGCUCAAGCAGAACAAGAGCCUGAUCUAACCCUCUCCAACCAUCGUGGUGCUAUCACAAGUCUAACUGUCGGUCCUGGCACCAACCCGGAAACUAGCAUAUGCGUGUCCGCCAGUAAAGACAAGACAUGCAUCAUCUGGAACUACCAGACCGGUCAGCUCCUCCGUACACUGCUCUUCCCAGCCUUCCCUCUCUGCGCCCGUCUGGACCCAAGUGCCAGGGCACUCUUCGUGUCUUCUGAGGCCGGUGCUGUCUACCUUGUCGAGCUAUUCGGUGGCGACAAGCCGUUGCUUGGUUCCCGCAGCACAGAGCUGCCGUCUAUUGUCGUGCAAAUCAACACCCCGCUUGCUGUUUCGGAUCCAGAAGUUGGACAGCCAUCAUGCCUGGCUCUGACAUAUGACGGCACUUCGAUAUUGUCCGGACACACCAAGGGCAAGAUUCUACGGUGGAGUCUGGCCGAAAACGGCCAUGCUACAGACGUUGCGAAUCUAAAUGCUUCUGUCACCAACCUAUGUUUCAUACCUCCGCUAUCAACUGAGCAACCAACAAAGACGGUAUCCAUUGUGAAACCAAACCAGAGCCUAAAGCGGUACAACUUUACGGCCCAGCUUACCACGGAUCUGGGGGAGCAUACAAAGCUCGAUCAGCUGCUUGAGACCAAUGGGAUCCCAUCGGAAACUCUUGAGACAGCAAUUUCAUCUGUAACUAAUCCACCGGAGACUCAACAAGACGAAGAACUUGCUAGGCAGGACGCACAGUUCCGGGCCAUCAUAAACAGCUGCAACCUACUCCAAGACCCGAUUAGUUAG